UAUCAGGCAUCGUAUCAUGAUUAUAUCAGAAAUUGUCACUAUUCUCAUUUACGUUGGAUCUAUGUGGGUCUUACCAACCUACUUUGACAUGACAUUCAUCCUGACGACACGGUUUGUGUGGAAGGUUGCUGUAAUAACAGCGGUCAGUAGUUUGCCAUUGUACUUUGUCAAAUUUAUCAAACGACGGUACGCUCCUCCAAGCUAUACAAAAUUGACGUAGCAGUCACAAAGUUCAAGGUUUUUUCUGCUCACCGUGAAUCCUGUAAACAUCUUCCAUUCCCUCCCCUCCCCUCUACACUUGUAUUAUCAUGUCACGCGAUAAUCUAUUGUUUCAAGAUAUUUUUGAUAUAAAGGAUAUUGAUCCAGAAGGAAAGCGAUUCGACAGAGUGUCCCGUGUUCGUGCUCGUUCUGAGAACUACGAAAUGGACUUGACAUUGGAUUACAACACAGAGCUUUACCCACUUGAGAUUGGCGAAAAGUUUUCCUUGGUGCUUGCUUCUUCUUUGGCGCUUAACGGAGGCUCUGGUGCCGCUGCUGGUGUUGAGAAGCGUGAAAGCUGGCGUGAACGAGCACCCGGUGAUCGAGAUCUCAGCGAUGAAUACGAAUAUGUCAUGUACGGUAAAGUGUACCGAUUCGACGAGGCAAAUAGUGGUAGCAGCAGCGCACCACUCGGUGCAGGUCAAAAAGUUGCUGUGUAUGUUUCCUUCGGUGGUCUGUUGAUGUGCCUUGAAGGUGAUUUCAGACACUUGCAAAACAUAACUGUCGGUGAAAACAUUUACCUUCUUAUGAGAAAGUAAACUUUACAUCAAGGCGACCCAACCUAUUGCAAACUACUGUAUACAUAAAACACAACACAACCAUUCAAUGAUCACAUAGAUUUUUAAUACA